AUGGAGCAAUGCAAGGUAGAACGCAGUCUCCAUUUGGCACGUCGUCAGCAGUGUGCCUGUUUAAUUCAGGAAAUUGGGUCAAGGUUGCAAACAACACAGGUAGUCAUAAAUGCAGGCAUAUACUACAUGCACUACUUCUACGAAGUUUUCUCUCCAGAAACUAUCAAACCGAUUUUAGUUGCAAUAGCUGCCUUUUAUUGUGCAUGCAAAACAGAGGAGUUUUCUCGGAAACUCUCCUUCUUAAUCAAAGCUGCUUAUGAUAUCUUAAAGAGACCCGCACCUGAUGAGGAGUCAGAUGCAUUCAAGAGACUCGUUCAAAAUGUUCAUGCUUUAGAGGCUACUAUUCUCAUGGUCAUUGGGUUUAACACUCUUGAAGUCAAACAACCACAUGUGCUACUCAUUAAGGCCAUUCGCGCAAAUAAAUUCCCGAAGGAAAUAGCUCAUACUAGCUACUAUGUCUGCACCAAUAUACUGCAUCUCACUACUUUAGUAUUGCGACAUUCUGCAGAAGCGAUUGCCGCUGCUAGUCUUUACAUUGCUGCAAAGUGGAACGGGACAGACAUUCAGUCUUCAAACGGGGAGUGGUACCAUAUUUUUUCCCCGAUGCUGACUUUUGAGGAAGUCUCCAAAAUAACAGACGAAUUCACCCUUACUUUCCAAGAGUGCGAUUUAAAAAUCAGAGAGCAACUGCGCUGUUCGCUCCGAUCCCGUAAGUUACAAAGAGAACGAAGAGAGGAUCUUGUCAAUAAUCCUCCUCGAGCUCAAGAACCUCAGAGGAGACCAGUUCCUGAUUCUCAACAAAAAGCUGAUUCUUGGAAAACAGAGAAAAGACCUUACAAUUCGACAAAUUCUAGUGCACCUCAAGUCCCAUCUCAACAUCCAAAUCACCAUGCUCGAAGCCAUGCUGGUGGCUCUCAGAAUACACAGAUGAAUCAUCCAUAUCAUGGACAUAAUCGGGCCCCACAAUCACAUGUUUAUGGGAACGAACAUCUCAACAGAUCUCAUUCUAACCGUCCUGCAGGUCCUGGGAAUAAUGAACCGGAUCCUAAACGUCAGCGAUUUGAUCGCCCAUUCCCAAGUCAGUGUCAACGAUCACCACAACCUCACUUGUCUGGUGGACAUCAUCCCGACGGAACAACCCGUGCAAAUCGUAUGGAGAGUUCUGUCUCCAAUUCUGGAGGUGGCGAACACAAAGUACAUUAUCAACCUGCUAAUCGUAUCCAUGGAACAGAUUACAGGAUGACACAAUCUACUGGUUACAAUGCUGUUCCAAAUAAGCCACCUUACGGACGAGAUGAACAUGAAGACUCACGUCUUAACUCAGGGAAUCCUCGUUCUGUAAAACCAACUGGAACUGUGAGUGAACUUGCUAAACAAGAUGGAAUCCAUUUUGAAAAUGUUACACAUCUGAGAUUGGAUUAUAAAAACAUUUUAAAAAUGGAUAACUUGUGGGCAUUUAAGUCACUUGUUAAGUUGCAACUUGACAAUAACAUCAUAGAACGAAUUGAAGGCAUUGAUCAUUUAACUCACUUACGUUGGCUUGAUUUAUCAUUUAAUAAUAUUGAAAAAAUUGACGGCUUACAAAACUUGGUAAAUUUAGAAGAUUUAACAUUGUACAAUAACCGAAUUACAUCAUUAGAAAAUAUGGAAAAUUUGAAAAAAUUACAAGUGUUUUCAGUUGGUAACAACUAUAUUACUGAAUUUUCUAAUAUAAAAUAUUUACGUCAAUUCCGCCAUUUACGAUCAGUAUGUUUACAUGGUAAUCCAUUUAGUAAAAACGAUGGCUACAAGUUGUAUAUUCAUGCUAUGCUACCCAAUUUAUUUUAUUUAGACUAUCAAAGAACCGACGAUAAACUUAAAUCCAAAUCUUAUGAAGAAUAUCAACUAGAAAUUGAUGGAAUUAUAAAGAACGUGUUGAAAAAAGCUAAAAUAGAACUAUAUAAACAAGCAUUUAUUGAUGGUAUAGUUGAUGAAAAUAUUUUUCAAAAACUAUUUACUGAUGAUCCUGAUGGCAGAGAAUUAUUGGUAGUUCCUGAAUUGUACAACAAAAAAUUUACACAUCAAUGUAAAUUAGUAUUUGAUCUUGGUAUAAAAGAACAUGAUAAACGUAAUAAAGAAAUAGAAUCAUUUCGAAAUUGUAUUGAUCAAGCAAAAAUGUUAAAUGCUGAAUUAAGUAAAAAGAAAAUAAAUGAAUUUAAAUUAUAUCAGGAUAAAGUAAAACUUCUAGAGAAUACUGAUUCGAUUAAAGUCGAAGAUGAUAUUUUAGAUUAUAAUGAGAAUGUACAACAAUUAUGGGAUGAAUUAAUGAGAAAUGAAUCAGUUUUAGUUAAACAAAUUGAUGAAUUAAUUAAUGAAUUCGAAUUAAACUUAAAUGAUAUGAUUAAUACAUUUAUUGAAAAUGUUGAAGAACAUUUUACAGAAUGCCGCGAAUUACAAACUCAGUAUCAUAAAAGGUUGACUGAUCUAUGCCCAGGUAUUUUAGAACGAUUUAUGCGUAGUGACUUCCAAAAUGAACCAUCAGAUGCUCUUUUAGCCAUUUUUAUUGAUAAAGAAAGUGUAACAAAUGCAUUAACAGCCAGUAACGAUGCUCAUUUACUUAAAAUUGAUGAAUUCGCUGAUGAAAUUAAUGAAAAAGCAAAAAGUUGGAUGAAGGAAACAUUUGCUUCUAUAUAUUCCCGUGAGAAAUAUGAUCGAAACAGAGCAAGAGUAAUGGAAAGAAAUCAUUUUAUAGAUGCAUUAAGAAAUGAUGUUGAAAAUUUAGAUAUACCUGCAUUAGGUGAAUCUUGA